AUGGAAACAACAUCUACUCGACAGCGACGGUCCUCCCUUGGACGUCCGCGCCAGUCUCUUGGCUCGACGAGAAUCAAGGUCGCGUCGUCACCCGCUCUAUCAUCUCAUUCCUCAACGCGCGCGCCUUCAGUGCCUCCCUUGCCCGCCCUCCCUGUCACAAGCCAACAGGCCGCGAUUCGAGAUCCUGCUGCUGGCGACGAGGGCGGUUUCCAGGUCUCGCACAUAGGUCAUAAGGGGGUCACUUCGCCUUCGAUGAGCUCCCUCAAGUCGUCUUUGAUGAGGACCGUUAGCGACGAUCGAAAUGGCAAUCAAAAUCUUGGAGUGGGUGACGUUGUGGAUGUUCCCGGGGGCAUGCAUGGCAUAAUCCAGUUCAUUGGAGAAGUCAAAGGCAAGAGAGGUCUCUUUGCGGGGGUAGAAUUGGCGAAAGAGUAUGCGGCACGAGGAAAGAAUGACGGUGACGUCGACGGGAUCAACUAUUUUACCACCUCUGUCAAAGGUGCAGGUAUCUUCUUGCCAUCAAACAAGGCCUACAAACGAAUGGCUCCCAAUUUGUCCUCGGGUCAUGAGGCGCCGCAAACACCUACAUCUCCACCCCUUACUACGAAUGGUACAGAGAGCAGGCCAUCAAAAGCAAUCACUCCGGCUUCCAAUCUAGGAUUCACACCAAAACUGAGCCAGUCGGUGGGACCGGGUAGGGUUCCCAGCCCAACGGCGAGAUCCAAGAGACCCUCCUUACCUCGCCCAGAAUCACCUCAGAGAAAGCCUACGAAUGCCGGAUCAACGCCCUUGGCCAGACCGUCCGUUGGUAAACCUAGUCUUUCCAAGAGUAUGAUCGGUGGCCCUCGACACGUUCCAAGCCCAACACCGAACAGAUUCGGAGGCAGUGUCAGAGGCGCAAGAGAAACUCCAGGCGAUCCCUCGAAGCGACCGCCAGCGACCCCGAAGCCUGCAAUAAGAAAGCCUACAGGAUCGAGACCACUGUCGCCGUCGCGGAGUCCCUCCCGUCUCGAACCCAAACUCGGCCCCGAAGCAAUGUUUGAUGAGGAGUCGGACAAUACACCUGUCAGCAACUCCAGUUCUGCACUUCUGGCUAAGCUUUCACAGAAGGCUUCUAGACCAUCUUCGAACCAGGAAAAAGAGCUCAGAUCCUUGCGAUCUCAGCUCCAAGAACGCGAUAAGUUAUUGGAAAAGUAUGCUGCGGAUCUAGAUGAGAUGCAAAACAGUGUCGCAGAAUUGCAAGCCGUAACCCCUAAGCAUAGUUCGGCCACCAACCGAUCCUCUCUGGCAUCUGGCGUAGAAGACCUUGAUACUCCAUCUCUGCGGGCUCUAGUGCGCGAGAAGAACGAGAAGAUUGCAGCGUUGACUCGAGAGUUCGAUUCGCACCGUGCCGAUUUCCGAGACACCAUCGAUAUUCUUGAGAAAACCUCCGAUGAAACGAACAAACAUUACGAGGACCGGAUAGCUGGUUUGGAGCUGCAGCUGAGCUCAACACGUGGUCAUGAAGAAGAAAUUGAAAGCGUGACGGAACAGCUGAUGAUGCUUGAGAAGCAUGUCGAGGAGCUUGAAGAGGGUUUAGAGGACUCCAGGAGAGGUGAAAGCGAAGCUAGAGCGGAGGUCGAGCAUCUCAGGGGUGAAGUAGAACGAGGAAAAGCUGAAUUGAGGCGAGAAAGAGAGAAGCCUGCUGCGGGCAGAGGAUUUGGGGACGGCUCCAAAGACCCCAGUUCUCUACGUGAGAUCGCACAUCGAGACAACGAAAUCAACGGUCUCAAAGCCAUCAUCCACUCAUUAAGUAGGGACGCCUCCGCAACAAGUCCCAGCAGCCCAAGGUCAAGUCGGCGGUCAAAACACGACAGCCACCAGCAACCCAAUCCUCAAGUCGAAGCCCAGCUCUCCGAGGCCCGCCGCAUCAACGAGAAACUCGGGCUUGAGAACAAAAACCUGGAAGAACUCGUUGACCGUAAAACCGAGCGCGAGGACCGCCUCGAGCAAGAGAUCCAACGCCUCCGCAAACACAGUUCCCAGCUUUCCUCCGCCCCCAGCAAUGGCUACUCCGACCGCACGAGCAUCCCCACCAAUAAUCAAAAUCACCAUCAGAAUCAAAGCAACCAUAAGUCUAACCCAAGCAAGCAGUCAUGGCGUGACCGACCGCUCGCCUCCCCUCCAGCGUCAAGCGGAGGUGACGACCGCUCCGCAACCACAAUGACCGAAGACUCGGCGCUCUGGUGCGAGAUAUGCGAAGAACAUGGCCACGACAUCUUGCAUUGCACGAACAUGUCAUCCAAUCCUCUUCCUCUCUCCACCCAACCGCAGACGAAUGGUGUCUCGGCCACCGCUCAUCCACAUUCCAAUUUGAGCGCUCGGGCACACAAUGCGGACGAUUUCCCUGCACCUCUCUCUCCUUCACGUAGUCCGGCGCCUGAUAGCGGAAGAAACAGGGACCGCGAACAGAUCAAUUCGGUGCCAGCUAAUCCGCCUCCGCAAGCAGAAAAGUGGCGGAUGCCGAAUCCGACGGACAAUGGCAUGGUGCCUGGAAAAGCCAGUGGGUUUGUAGAUGCGGGCAAAUGGUGCGCCCUGUGCGAGAGGGAUGGGCACGAGAGCGUGGAUUGUCCGUUCGAUGAUGAUGCUUACUGA